AUGCCUCCUAAACUUCGGUCAUCGAGUUUGGACGUCUCUCCGUGGAAGGACGACGCUUCGACCAGGUCUUCCGAAAGCAGUACCGGAACCAUAACGCCCGCACUGACCUCAGCGUCCAAAUGGGCGCCACAGACUCUACGCAAAGCCAGUCUCGACUCGCACCAUUCCAAUGACUAUGAGCAGGAGAGCAUCCGCUCAUCCAUUUCCUCGCACACCUACGCACCAAGCGUGUCGGUCUCGCGCAGCGACUCGCAUGUCGGGAAGUACAAGUACAGCAGCACGACAGCCCUUGAUGAUGCCUUCGUGACAGACAAUGACGUUCCGACUCGACUCGAGCUCAAUGCGGCUCUCGGGGCAGACAUCAUACCCCUCACCACGGAGAUCACCUCCCUGCCUUGCGCUGGUAUCCGCAUCGCUCACGGGCGCCUUACGGGCCUCAUGGCGUGGCGCUUCGCCGUCCAGCUCACGGACAAGCCAAAACCGACGGCGACGCCCACUCACCCCGCAUUCUUACCACACAAACCAGCGAUAGUAACCAACUUCAUACUCGAUACGGGGAGCCUACGGUCUUUGGUUCCGCCUGAAACGCUGUACGCUUUGGGGUACUCGGGCAAGGUCUUCCCCGGCGCUGAAGUCGGGCUACUCGUUCAAGGAGUGCCCGUUACCUGUAAGGUUGCACCGAACGGCCACGCUGGCCGAUUGUCGGUCCAGUUCAUGGUCGCAGCGUCGUUGGCGCUGUAUUUCGACGAACGCUUGAUGGCCCCUGUGCUAUAUUACUCUGCGCACGAUAACCACGCCCCCUCACCCGACUAUGUCCCGACAACCGUCCCCUCGCCUCCGAGUCCACCUUUCACCCUCAAGCAACUGAUUAUGAGUCUCGUUCACUUCGGACAUCGGCCCAAUUAA